CUGGGUUGCGAGAACGCCGUCGAAAGGCUGAGCGCGCGCAGCUUUGCGCCGCCUCAGCAGUGAGCAUGCGCCACCGAUCUGUAGGAAGAACUGCCCUCCCCGGAAACGGAAGCGGCGAGCCUUGAGGUGGCCGGCGGCAGCUGGGGCUCCCGGAAGCAGGAUGGCGGCGGCGGCAGCAGCCGGGGCCGGGCCGGGCCCGGGAGACGAGCUGGUGCAGGAUGUGAUGCCCUACCGGCGGCGGUCGCGGUUGCUGUGGGGCACGGUGCUGCCCUUCUGCGUGCUCUACCCGCUCUGGAUGUGGUUCUGGGGGCCGUGCGCCUGGGCUUGGGCCUCGGGGGAAGCCGCCGGCACCGAGGCGCCCGAGGCCGCGCUGCUCUACCUGGCCGCCAUCGGGGCCGUGCACCUGCUCACCGCCUUGGCCGGCCUGUGGAGCGUCAACGUCCACUGCCUCCUCUACUGCUGCUGGGUACGCAGUCCAAGAAAAGCUACAUUGGCUAAAGUUGUGCCAACCCCAAAUAAUGGUUCUGCAGAAUUGGUGCCACUCCAUCGAGACCAGGGGGAGGAUGGACAGGAAGUCCUUUCCUUUGAAUUUCAGAAAAUCAAAUAUUUCUAUGAGUUAAAUGAGAAGAAAAAAUUCCUUCCCGUGGCAUUUCCUGUAGAGCACCCACUGCAAUUUUAUCAGAAUGCUCGAGGCUACCAGGAAGACAAAGAGAUCAAAGCGGCAGAAAAGAAAUAUGGUACCAACAAGGCAGAGAUGGUGGUUCCAGAAUUCCUUGAACUCUUCAAAGAGAGAGCAACAGCUCCUUUCUUCGUCUUUCAGGUGUUCUGUGUGGGGUUAUGGUGUCUGGAUGAAUACUGGUAUUACAGCGUCUUCACCCUUUCCAUGCUUGUGGCUUUUGAAGCAUCUCUUGUUCAGCAGCAAAUGAGAAAUAUGUCAGAGAUCCGGAAAAUGGGCAACAAACCCUACAUGAUCCAGGUUUACAGAAACAGGAAGUGGCGACCAAUUUCAAGUGACGAGAUAAUUCCAGGGGACAUCGUGUCAGUCGGACGAUCUCCCCACGAAAACCUGGUGCCAUGUGACGUGCUGCUGCUGCGAGGAAGGUGCAUUGUAGAUGAAGCGAUGCUGACUGGAGAGUCAGUGCCUCAGAUGAAGGAGCCAGUUGAGGAGUUGGACCCAGAGCAUGUCUUGGACAUCCAAGCAGAUUCCAGACUGCACAUCAUUUUCGGGGGAACGAAGGUUGUGCAGCACAUCCCACCCCAGAAAGCCAGCACAGGCCUGAAACCUGUCGACAAUGGGUGUGUGGCCUAUGUGUUGAGGACAGGCUUCAAUACAUCUCAGGGGAAGCUUCUGCGUACAAUUCUGUUUGGCGUGAAGCGAGUGACAGCCAACAACUUAGAGACCUUCAUCUUCAUCCUCUUCUUGCUCGUCUUUGCCAUUGCUGCUGCAUCGUAUGUAUGGAUUGAAGGCACUAAGGAUCCCAGCAGGAACCGUUACAAGCUCUUUCUGGAAUGCACUUUAAUUCUGACCUCAGUUGUCCCACCCGAGCUCCCCAUCGAACUCUCCUUGGCCGUCAACACAUCACUCAUUGCUCUUGCCAAAUUGUAUGUGUACUGCACAGAACCAUUCCGCAUCCCCUUUGCGGGCAAGGUCCAGAUUUGCUGCUUUGACAAAACUGGCACACUCACCAGCGACAGCCUGGUAGUGAGGGGUGUGGCUGGGCUCAGGGAUGGGAAAGAAGUGACCCCCGUGUCAGACAUUCCUAUCGAAACACAUCGAGUCAUUGCCACCUGCCACUCACUAAUGCAACUGGACGAUGGGACGCUGGUGGGAGACCCACUGGAGAAGGCUAUGCUGACUGCUGUGGAAUGGACUCUGACCAAAGAUGAGAAAGUUUUCCCCCGAAGUAUUAAAACUCAGGGACUGAAAAUUCACCAGCGCUUUCAUUUUGCCAGUGCCCUGAAAAGAAUGUCGGUCUUGGCUUCCUACGAGAAGGUCGGCUCUACUGAUCUGUGUUACGUUGCAGCUGUGAAGGGGGCCCCAGAGACACUGCACAGAAUGUUCUCUCAGUGCCCAAGUAGCUACAACCUUAUCCACACAGAGAUCUCGCGGGAGGGAGCCAGGGUGCUGGCGCUUGGCUACAAGGAAUUGGGACACCUCACUCAUCAGCAGGCACGAGAGAUUAAGCGAGACACACUGGAAUGUGAUCUGCGGUUUGUGGGCUUCAUUGUGGUUUCAUGCCCCCUUAAAGUAGACUCUAAACCAGUUAUUCGGGAGAUCCUGAACGCAUCUCAUCACGUAGUGAUGAUAACAGGUGACAACCCACUGACUGCUUGCCACGUGGCCCAGGAACUGCACUUCACCCAGAAGGAGCAGACACUCAUCCUGCAGCCACCCAGUAGCAAAGAUUCCAGCUGGCAGUGGCAGUCCAUCAGUGGCACCGUCACUCUCCCAAUCGUGCCUCAUUUGUUGCAGGAGCUGACCAAGAACCAUAACCUCUGUAUCACGGGGGAAGGACUCUCUCAGCUGCAGGCCACUGACUCCCAACUCCUGCUUAGGCUUAUUCCACACGUGCAGGUCUUUGCACGCGUCGCACCCAAGCAGAAGGAGUUUGUGAUCACAACGCUGAAAGGGCUCGGCUAUGUCACCCUGAUGUGUGGGGAUGGGACCAAUGAUGUGGGGGCUCUAAAGCAUGCUGACGUGGGAGUGGCUCUACUGGCCAAUGCACCCGAAAGAAUCCCUGAGCGCAAGAAGAGGCCCCCUCGCGAUGGGCUUCCUGACGGGAGACCUGCCUUACCCUCCUCUGUGGUUGGGAGCAACAUGAGACCCACCUCCCGAGCUGCCAAGCACAGGCUGAUGUCCCAUAGGGAGGAACAACUUGCCAUGCAGCGGGAGAGAAUCAGCCAGGUGCUGAAAGAUUUGGAAGAGGAGCAAAUACCCAUUGUCAAGUUGGGCGAUGCCAGCAUUGCAGCCCCUUUCACCUCCAAGCUCUCCUCUAUACAGUGCAUCUGUCAUGUGAUCAAGCAGGGCCGCUGCACCCUGGUCACCACACUUCAGAUGUUCAAGAUCCUGGCGUUGAAUGCGCUCAUCUUGGCCUAUAGCCAGAGUGUCCUUUACUUAGAAGGAGUAAAGUUCAGCGAUUUCCAGGCUACACUGCAGGGGCUGCUGCUGGCUGGCUGCUUCCUUUUCAUCUCCCGGUCCAAGCCUCUGAAGACCCUCUCCCGGGAGCGCCCACUCCCUAAUAUAUUCAACCUUUACACAGUUCUUACGGUGCUGCUGCAAUUCAUGGUUCAUUUCAUCAGCCUGGUUUAUCUGUAUCGAGGUGCACAGGCCCGCAGUGACCCCAAGAAAGAUGACUUUGUGGAUCUCUAUAAGGAGUUUGAACCCAGUCUGGUGAACAGCACUGUGUACAUCAUGUCCAUGGCCAUGCAGAUGGCUACAUUUGCCAUCAAUUAUAAGGGCCAUCCUUUCAUGGAAAGCCUGCGGGAAAACAAACCUCUGCUGUGGAGCAUUAUCCUGUCGGGACUAGCAAUUGUAGCUCUUUUGACGGGCUCCUCUCCAGAAUUCAGUGAACAGUUUGGACUGGUGGAAAUCCCGACUGAGUUUAAACUAGUGAUUACUCAAGUCCUGCUAGCCAACUUCUUCCUGGCCCUUUUGGUGGACAGAAUCCUGCAAUUCCUUCUGGGCAGCACAAAGCUCAAAGUGCCUUCUUGAGAUGGAUCCCCUCCUCCCCUGGCAGAUGUGAAGGACAACACAAGGGAACAGCCAGCACACAGCAUUGCAAGAGGAAUAUUUAUUCUUUUGACAGUGGGUGGGCCUUUUACUCCAGUUUGGUGCUGGCAGACAGCUUCCAUUGUGCUAUUUUGGAAACAACAACAGCUGUAUGUGGGGGGCUACACUCAUGUUCACAUGUUUCCCAGACAUGACAGCUUGAUUUUUUUUCUACUGCCCCAAUACUCCUGGAAAGGUGGUCAUGGGAUUUGGUAAUUAAAUGGCAAUCAAUGCA